AUGUCAGAUACGAAAGAAAUACCUGUCGCUUUAUCGGACACAGAGAUAGAGAGUGUCGGUUCGCCAACUCCUCCAACACCAGAAGGCAGUGAUGUCGCUUCUGCUAGCAAGAAUGACUUUGAAGUCGAUUGGGAUGGGCCAGAUGACCCAAACAACCCCAGAAACUGGUCAACACCCAUGCGUCUUGCGCAAAUUAUCCCCAUUGGCAUUUUUGCCCUCAACAUGACUCUGGCAGCUACCAUGUUUGCGCCAGGAGUCGAGCAACUCGUACAAGAGUUCGGCAUCACGACCAGCAUCAUCUCAACCAUGUCCCUCACGAUUUAUGUUCUCGGUUUUGGCGCCGGCGUCGUAAUUGCACCACUUUCGGAGCUAUACGGCCGCCUGUGGUUGUACCACGGGUCGAAUAUGGCUUGGUUGGCCUUUUCACUCGGCUGUGCGUUUAGUACAAACAUCACUUCAUUUCUCAUCUGCCGUUUCUUGGCUGGGUGCGCGGGUUCCGUGCCCAUGACUUGUGGAGGAGGCACAGUCGCAGAUCUGGUUCCUCCAAAGGAUCGAGGCAAAUACAUGGCUGUUUGGGGCCUUGGUCCUCAGUUGGGACCUAUCAUUGGCCCUAUUGUGGGAGGAUUCAUGUCUCAGGCUGUGGGUUGGCGAUGGACAUUUCGCUUACUUUCCAUUCUUGGUGGCAUCUCUCUUCUGGUUGGCGCGAUAAUUCUCCGAGAGACAAACGAAGCCAUCCUGCUCAAGCGAAAGGCCGCAAAACUUCGCCAGGUCAGCGGCAAUGAAGCAUACACCCCAGCCUCUCGUGUCAACAAAGUUGGCAAUUUAUCCGCCGGCCGCUUCUUACUCCGCGCCCUCAUUCGUCCGACCAAAAUGCUCAUGCUCUCGCCUAUUGUGCUUUCCGCAUCGCUAUAUAACGCCUUCAUUUUCGGCCUCAUGUUUAUGCUGUUCGACACGUUCCCUCAGGUGUUUGACAGCCAGUACGGGUUCGCUCCUGGCGUCCAAGGCCUCGUAUAUGUGGCCUUUGGCGUGGGUACGUUGCUAGGAAUGCCCAUCUUGACUAAAUUUAGCGACAAGAUUAUGAGCCGUGAUGGAGUUAGAGCCGCGCCAGAACGACGUCUUCUGCUUAUGCUCUGGUUUAGUCCAACUAUCGCCAUUGGUUUUGUAUGGUAUGGUUGGUCUGCUGAGAAACAGACGCACUGGAUUGUGCCUAUCCUCGGGACACUUAUCAUUGGGUUCGGCUCCUUGUUUGUCAUGCUGAUAACCCAAAUCUACUUGGUGGAUGUGUUUGACGCUGCUGCCGCUGCAUCAGCGUUGAGUGCGGUGCUUAUUACUCGUACCAUUGCUGGGGCUUUUUUGCCAUUCUGCGGUACGCCUCUGUAUUCUCGGCUCGGCUAUGGCUGGGGUAAUAGCUUAUUGGCACUUAUUCUGGUGGUACUCUAUCCCAUACCGCUGAUACUAUAUCGUUAUGGCAAGAAACUUCGAGAUAGGUUUCCGGUCAAGCUGUAG